AUGUCGGAUCCACGUUCGCAGCUGCUCCACGUUCUUCAUGAAGCAGCGUCCCAAGAUUUUGCCCGGAUGCGGCAAGCAGAAGAAUUACUGAUUCAAUGGGAGAAUGAGCCUAGUUUCUUCGCCACACUACAGGAUAUCUUUUAUGAUCGAUCCGUCGACCACGAUGUUCGUUUCCUCGGUGGCAUUUAUUUAAAGAAUGGAAUUAAUCGCUUUUGGAGAAAAACAGCCAAAAAUCCUAUCAAUCCAGCUGAAAAGGCCAAUAUUCGUCAACGAUUGCUCAAUUUUUUUGAUGAACCGAGUACCAAGUUGACUUGGCAAAACGCGCUCAUCGCUGCACGUAUUGCUCGUCUCGAUUAUCCAAGAGAAUGGCCCGAGCUUCUACCGACGUUGAUGCAAGUCAUCGAGACGACGGACCUUACGACCAACGAAGGCGCUGGUCGAUUAAUUCACGAUCGCGCCCUGACGAUGCUGUACGAAGUACUUUAUGAACUGAGUGGUCGCAUUCUUUCGACAGGAAGACGACAGUUUGCCGAGAUCGCUCCUCGGACAUUUCAAACCGUCGCUGGUGCCUACAUGACCUACAGUAACCGUAAUUUCUCCCACUUAUCCAACCUGAGCGCUGCACAGCAAGAUGGCACAGUUGGUGAAUUGAAUAUCACAUCGAUGUGUGUCAAGUGUAUGCGUAUUCUUAUGGUCAGUGGCAUCAAGGACGUGCAUCAGUACGAAGAGACAAAGGUAACCCUCGUAAAAAAAAAGCAUGCAUUAUCAUAA